CUCUAGUUUCCGCAUGCAUUUCCUCGCCGACUGCCUCUCUUGCCCGCGCUCCCCUUCUUUCUUUCCAUUCCUUACUUCUCGGCUUCCCUGCAAGUUUAACCCCGCGCCGUCAACCGAGGCUGAAAUAGCGGCACCCGGCAUGGAAUCGAUCGAGGAACUGGCGCUCGGACCUUGCAUCGCCUCCCAAUAUUUGCGGCCUUUUCGCCUCCGAUACCGCCAGAAUGGUGUUUCAAAACUUUGGGAUUUCAUGAGGGCACAUGACAGCGUGGCCAUUCUUAUCUUCAAUAUUUCUCAGCAAUGCUUUGUUGUGGUGAAGCAGUUCCGUCCAGCUGUCUAUAUGUGUGAAAUGGAAGAACAAUGUCCUCAGUACUUUGAGAAUAAAACUGAAGAGAGCUGGUGCCCUCUGUCUGAUGUUUUGCCUGCUUCAAAAGGAAUAACAUAUGAACUCUGUGCUGGUAUUGUAGACCAGCCUGAGCUCUCUUUGGAAGAAAUUGCUUGCAAGGAAGUUUUAGAAGAAUGUGGCUAUGAAGUUCCUGUAACCAGCCUAAAAAGAAUCACUUCAUGCAGAUCUGGAGUUGGUUUGACAGGAUCAAAGCAGACAUUAUUUUACGCACAGGUAACUGAUGACAUGAAAUCUAGCGAAGGAGGUGGCCAGCCGGAGGAAGGCGAACUGAUUGAAGUUGUGGAAAUACCUCUGCAAGAUUCCAUGAAAUUUGCAUAUGAUGAGACUUUCCCUAAAACUAUGGGACUUAUCUUCAGUUUCAUGUGGUUCCAGUCCAACAUAGCACCAAAACUGCAAGAAAAAUAAUGCACUAAGAGAUUCUGGAGACAUGAAGCAAAAAGAUGGGACCAUAUUGGAAUCAAUCUUUCAGGACUGUCUAAUUCUUAAGUUUGUUAUAGCAAAGGUUCAUAAAAUUCAUAUGCUAACAGUGGCAGAUAAGUAACUCAAGUUUAAACAUGUUUUUCAGCCCAUAUUUUAUUUCUCAUAGAAAGAAUUUGAGGGAAAGAAGUUUGCAAUACAUAAAAGUUGCCCAGUUUUAUGAUGAGAACUAAUAGACAAACAUAAAUGGAUAAUUUAUCAUGAAAUAAUUGAAUGUUGUCAUGGAAAAUGUAAAAUCAAGAGAAGAAUUGGCAAAGGAUUACAAUUGUUAGUGGUUACUUUAUUUUCAGUUAUUAAAAAGAUUUAAAGUAGACAAAAGAAUUUGUGGUUCUGAACAUUGUAAGAAUGAGUUUGAAAUAGAAUUGUAAACAAUGAUGAGCACGCAAUUGCUAAAAUGUAUAAUAGAAUAUCUGUAGCUCAGGGUUGACCUGUGGAGUUUUUGGUGCUCUCUAAGAUUGGUGAUUUGCUUGCAGAUGUUUUAUUACUCAACUGCCCAACAUCAAUUACCCAACUUCAUCAAUGUUUGUGAGUGAGGUUUGCUCUGUUUACAUGCAGUAGCUUACUCUGCCAGUGUACAUAUAAAAUGUAUAAACAUUUACUAAAAUU